UUGAAAGUGUCUACAACAAGUAAUGGAGUGGCCGUUGGCUUUGCGAAAUUUAUGGGUGAUGAUGGUUUUGGUUAUUGGGUUGGAUCAUGGGAUAUUGGGGUGCUUAGAGGAAGAAAGAAGGAGUCUGUUAGAAUUCAAGGCUUAUGUCCAACCUUACUUGAAUUAUCCCACUCUUCUCCAAUCUUGGGUUGAUGAUGAUAGCGGGAACCAUGACUGUUGUGCCUGGGAGCAAGUUAAGUGUAAUUCCACCAGUGGCCGAAUCAUCCAACUCUUCCUCAAUAAAAUGAUGAAUGAAUAUACAUAUUUGGUUGGUUUGAACGCGAGCUUGUUUCUUUCAUUUGAAGAGCUUCAACAUCUUGACUUAUCGGAGAACUCUUUAGAGGGAUUUGUAGAGAAUCAAGGCUUGAAACCAUUGAGUAGAUUGAAGAAGCUGGAGGUCCUGGACUUGAGUUCGAAUUUCUUCAACAAUAACAUCCUGCCGUCUUUGGGUUCCCUCAAAUCUCUCAAGAAUCUGUCUCUUAGUACAAACUCUUUUACAAACCCAUUUCCCUAUGAAGAAUUAGCGGGUUUGGAGAAAUUGCAAAUGUUGGAUUUGAGUGGAAAUAGAUUAAACGGCACUCCAGGACUACAAGGUUUGGAACCGUUGGGUAAAUGGAAGAAGCUGGCGAUUCUGGAUUUGAGUAAUAAUGGCUUGGACAACAGCAUCCUUCCGUCUUUGGGUCUCCUCAAAUCCCUCAAGAAUCUGUCUCUUCAUGGAAACUCUUUCACAAACCCCUUCUCUUGUGAAGAAUUAACGGGCCUGGAGAACUUGCAAAUGUUGGAUUUGAGUUACAACCGAUUAAACGGCAUCCAAGAAUUAGUUGGUAUGGAGAACUUGCGAAAGUUGGAUUUGAGUGACAGUGGAUUAAACGGCACUAUAGGACUCCAAGGUUUUAAACACUUAUCUGAUAGGUUGAAAAAUCUGGAGGUCCUCGACCUGAGUGUUAAUUCCUUGGACACAAGUAUUAUUCCAUACUUGGGAGCCCUUAAAUCCCUCAAGUCUCUGGAUCUCUCUUGGAAUGAAAUGGAAGGGGUCUUUCCUGGCGAAGAACUGGCGGAUCUACACAACUUGCAAAUGUUGGAUUUGAGUGGUAAUCGACUUAACGGCACUCCACAAAUCCUAGGUAUCAAAAGGUUGAAAAAAUUAGAGGUCCUUGACAUAUCUGGUAACAAUUUCAACACAACAAUUCUUCAGUAUAUUGGUCUUCUUGCACCCAAAAUUAAAUCAUUGCAUCUCCAAGACAAUGAUAUGAGUGGACCAAUUACUAAUAAAGAACUUGGUACUUUGAGUGAUUUGGAGUUCCUAGACUUGUCUGAUGCUUCACUCAGCUAUGACUUUCUCCAGAAUAUAGGGGAAAUGGUUUCUCUUAAGUUGUUAGUAAUGGCUGGGAUUCAAGGACUCAAUGGAAUUCGAUUACCAUUUAAAGGGUUGUGCAAAUUAAAUAACCUUCAGGAGUUGGAUCUCAAUCUGCAGGAGGAUAAUUCUUACAAUAAUUAUGGCGUCGUGGGUGAUGUUCAUUCAUGUUCGGGAAACAUGACAAGCCUUCGGGUGUUGGAUUUGUCUUACAACCAAUUUGAUGAAAACAUUGUCCAAUCCAUCAUUCGUGGUCUCACUUCGCUUAAGUAUCUUGAUCUUUCAAACAUCCGCUUUCAAGGUUCCUUUUCAUUUAAUUUGUUGGCUAAUCUUUCCAAACUUGAGGUAUUUCUAUUUGAAAAUAACCAGCUUCUUCAAGUGGAAACUGACUUCCCAGCUGUGGUUCCAACCUAUCAAUUGAAAACCUUGUAUCUGGCAAGAUUCACAUGCAACAAUGCACCUGGUCUAAUGCCAAACUUCCUCCACUACCAAUUUGAUUUAAGGGUGGUCGACCUCUCUCACAGCAACUUUAACAAUUCUCAGUUCCCCACUUGGUUGCUUGAGAACAAUACAGGAUUGGAAGUAUUGAGUUUAAUAAAUAACUCUUUUACAGCCACUUUUGUUCUACCAUCUCGUCCCCAUAUGAAUUUGUCUAUUUUAAUUGUUUCCCAUAAUCAUUUUCAUGGUCAGAUCCCAGAUAAUAUUGGAGUUAUCUUUCCUAACUUGGUAAUUUUGAAAAUGCCAAAAAAUUCUUUUACUGGAAAAAUUCCUUCUUCCAUUGGAAACAUGAGGUGGCUAAAACUUUUUGAUCUUUCUGACAAUUCAUUAUCGGGACAAAUUCCAAAUCACCUGGUCAUAGGAUGUUUAAGGUUAUGUUGCCUCAAAUUGUCAAAUAACAAUUUGGACGGUCAAAUGCUUCCAACAGUUGCUAACUUGACCACCUUGAAGUACUUAUUUUUGGAUGGAAAUAAAUUUACAGGAAACAUUCCAUACAGUUUGUCUAAAAGCUUUGCUUUGGAAUUAUUGAAUGUAAGUUAUAACAACAUCACUGGUAGGCUUCCAGGAUGGUUUGGGAACUUAUCAUACUUAGAGGUACUUAUAAUGGCAAACAACCAUCUUGAAGGAUCACUGCCAAUCAGCUUUUGUUCACUUGGAGGACUUGCUUUUGUAGAUCUUUCCAAGAACAAUCUUAGUGGCUCCAUAUUAUCUUGCUUCAGCCCAGGGGGAUUGAGAUAUGCACAUUUUCAGAAGAAUAAGUUCCAAGGACCAAUGACAGAAGCUUUUUCUAAAAGCACAAACUUGGUGACAUUGGACAUAAGUGAUAAUUUGUUAAAUGGUAGUAUACCAAGAUGGAUUGGUAAUCUGUCAUCAUUAGGAGCUCUAUUAUUGAAAGGAAAUCAACUGGAAGGCCACAUUCCCAUCCAACUAUGCUAUUUAGACAAGAUAAGUGUAAUGGAUCUUUCUCAUAAUAAUCUUUCUGGUCCUAUACCUUGUUGCUUGAAGAACAUGACAUUUGAAAGGGUAGAAGAUCCGUUUGAUGCAUCUAUUAGAUUUAAUGUAAUUAGAUAUGGAAAGGGUUUUAUUAGAAAUUUAUUUUGCUUACCAUAUAAAUACCAGAGUAGGCUUAAAGAAUUCCAACCCAAUCAACAGCAUUAUGGCGUUUAUGAAAGCAACAUGGAACAAGUGGAGUUCACCACAAAAAACAGGUAUGAUGUUUACAAGGGCAUCGUUCUCGGACUCAUGUUGGGACUUGAUCUCUCAUGUAACCAAUUAACGGGUGACAUUCCACCUGAAAUUGGAGAGUUAUAUGGGAUCCGUGCAUUAAACCUGUCCCACAACCACCUAACUGGACACAUCCCAACAACUAUUUCAAAUUUGAAGCAACUGGAGAGCUUGGACCUUUCCUGCAACAAUUUGGUUGGGAGCGUUCCCCCACAAAUGAUGGAUCUAUACUUUUUGUCGACUUUCAUGGUGGCACACAAUAACCUAUCAGGAAAGAUUCCAGAGAGGAAAGGGCAGUUCAUAACAUUUGGGGAAAGCAGCUAUGAGGGAAACCCUCUACUUUGUGGAGAGCCAUUAGAGAAAAGCUGCACCGGUAAGACUAGGGCACCAUCACCAGCAGGUCCAACUUCUAAUGAUCAGGAAGGAGGCAAUAACUCUGUUGACAUGGACACCUUCAUUGUGAGCUUUGUAGCGUCUUAUAUCACAGUGCUCUUGGGUAUGGUCGUAGUAUUCUACAUAAACCCCUAUUGGCGAUUUCUAUGGUUUCAUCACAUUGAUGUUUGCAUCACCUCGUAUUACUACUUCCUUGUGGACAAUAUCUGCUGGCGAUGGAGAAAAAAGCGACUUGCUACCAACCUCAUCAGGAGGCGCAUCGCUGGAUGGUGAGACAGGACGGGCAACUCUCCCAUCUAAAUGCAACUGGAAUAGAGGAUUUAGUGGAGUAAGAUAAAACUAGUUUUGGAGCCUUAAUCUGUAAUCACAAUAGAACAUGCUUUGCUGCAAGCUAUGGCCCUCUUUCCACUUCAUUGGGUGUUCAUCAAGUCACAGUAUUAGCAAUGGGCAAUAGGAUAAGACCUCAUUCCAGCUGCGAGGUGUGACACUAAUCAAAAAGUUAUCAAAAUCUGAUUGCAAGUUGCUGUAAUUUUUUGUGAAAGGAGGUGAGUAGCAGCCAUGAAAGUGCAUUAUUAUUAAGGACAUUAUCUUGUUUUGAUAUGACGUUCGACUAUGAU